CUGGAGGAGCAGCCGGCGGCGCAGAGGCAGCGCAGCCUUUGUCUCGGGCCGCCGGGCGGCGGGGCCCAAAGCUGGCAGGCCACGCGGGCGCCGAGGAGGCAGAGGACGGGCAGUGAUGGAGGAACUGGAGAGGAGCCGGCCAGCGCCACCACCAUCAUCAGCAUCACCACCAUCACCAUCACUGACCGUCGCCCUUGCCAGCCCCCACCCCCCAGCCUCCCCGCCCCUCUCAUUUCCCUGUGUGAUGACAACUUUAUCAGGUUAUUUCCUUUUCGUGAGUGACUGUGAAAAAGCGACGGAGUGCUCCAAAUUAGAAAUAAGUACAUCCGCUGGGGCACACUCAGUCAGCUUUCCGUUGCCAAUUAGCUACUUCAGUUUUUCCUUCUGGAAAGCGGCACAAUGAGGCUUCAAACCUCGUAGGCUGAGGUGGCUGGGAUGUUUUCAUCCCACGGGAAAAGAUUUAUAUACUUAAAUUUUUUUUCUUUCUCUGGUAAGAAUGAUAGUGAUGGUAAGGUUUACCUUAGUUAGGAAUUAGAAAUUAAUCAGGAAUUAAAAAAAAAAUCUCUCCUUUGAUUUUGGAGUGUCAAAAAUACCAAUAGCCAUAACAUAAGGCAACUGAAACUUUGACUGAAGCCAAUACCAAGAAUUGUAAAACAGUUGCAUUUGUGGAAAAUUCACCCCAGAGGACUGAAGGCAUUGACUUUCAUCUCAAGUGACUUUUCAGUGGUUAUGGGCUGUGGUUCUCAUAAUUUUGGAUGCAUAUAGUGUCUUCUGUGUGUUUGGAACCCUAGUGAAAUCAUGUUUUAAUUGAUGUUUUUCAAAGCUUGUAUUUAACUGGUCCGAGGAAGGACCGGGAGCAGGAAGGACUUUUUACGAAGCUCCACAUUUGUGAGCCCAGAGUUCUUCAAAAUAACUUAUAGAGAACAAGUUCCUAAACCCUCUACAUCUUUGUCUAGUGGCUAGAAAAUGAAUCUUGAAGUUCUAGACAUUCUAGUCUAAGACAGACAGUUCUGAAUUUCUUGAUUCUUGGAAUUUUUUUUUUUUCCCCAGAAGCUGGCAUAACAGAGGCCAUUUUUAAAAAAAAAAAAAAGAUUUAUUUAUUUAUGCAUACAAGAACUGGGGUACAGGCCAGAGGUGUCGAGGUGAGAGGAUUCACCAGAGACACAGUGGGGAGCAAAACAGGCAAACUAACUGAAAUACACUGCUGAGGGGAACAGUGGGUGAGAGAGGAAAGGUCUGCCAUAGCUGCCUGGCCAGGGAUCGAACUCAUGCUGCAGUGCUGCAGAUUGCUUCAUAGGUUGCGUCUUAACCCCUUGUGCCACCAGGGAGGCCCAACAGAGAUCAUUUUUUAAUGAGGCUGUGAAGGAGUCUCCCGGUCCCUCAUGGCAUGGUUACCAUUCUAGAAGGAAAGUAAUAAUAUUAAUAAUGUGUAUCCCACAGAAUAGCAGUUAUCAUUUCUGUGGCUUAAAUACCUCAAACUUUGAAAUAUAGUUAUAUCUUUAACUCAGACCCCUCUGAUUUGUGAAUUUCUUUUUAAAUAGUGUAUGUGAUUCUGUGGAGAAUGAAUUUGAAAUAACUUCUUUCUCUGAAAAUAUAUCAGGGUCUCAAUUUUAAGUAAGGCGUGGUCCUUCUAAAACAACCACAUUUUUAGAAUAAAGACUUACAAGAAUUACUUCACCAUGAAGUGUGCAAGAGUGAAUUGUUACCUAUGUAAACUCCUUAGAACCUCCACCAGAAUGAGAUAAUUUCUGUCACUUUGGAGUCUACCCUUGUGUACUUUAUCAGACAUAACCACUACUCUGACAGCUCUCAUCACUGAACAAUAAUUUUUAAAAAACAUUUUAAAUAAUUUAAAAAGAAUUUCUUUUAAAAAUUUCCCGACUGUCCUAUUCCUUAAGCAAAUAUGAUCUAGUCCAGGUCCUGGGCUCAGCUAUGUAGACAUAAAUAUUCCCCCGGAGAGGCAAGUGAAGCAAAUAACUAAACAAGUGAGAAACAUUUACUAUGUGUGCAGAUAUAGAGGGUGAUAGAGACCUUUUGGGGGUGUUCAUUUUUUGAGGGGAAAAGGGAAGGCUUCUUGCAGGAUGUAAAUUUUUGAGUUGGAAACUGGAAAAUGAGUGGAAGGUGAUCAGCUAAACAUACAACAGAAGGAAAAGGAGAGGAUUCCAGGUGGAAGGCACAUUAUGGGCCAUGGCUCAGAAAUAAGAAAGCAUGGGUGGGUUCAAAGAACAAAAAAUAAGUCAUGGAUGUUUAGAGUAUAGGGCUGGGGGAAAUGAGUGUAAAGUUGCUGGAGAGGUAGGAACCUUAUCGGAGGGCCCGAGGCCAUGGUGAGGGGUGGGGCUUUGUUCUAGGGACAAGAAAAAUUCCCCAGCAGAUGUUAAUGGUGUGCUUAGCAGGAUAGGCUCUGACUGCCCAGUUGACUGCUUUGUGGUGUGGAAAUGAUAGGAAAGACUGCCCUGGACAUCUCUACGAAGUGGCAGUGGCAAUGGGGGAAACAGGCAGACUUGACCGAGAUUUAGAAGGUAAAAUCAAUAUAACUUGGUAUUUGACCUGGGAGGGUUCCAGAAUGACUUUAGAUUUCUUAGGUCUUACAAAAUGGUUGGGUGAUGAUACUAUGGAAAUAUGGAGAAGGAAUCUCAUUUAUAUAAUGUCCUUUGAUAUAUUUCUUUAUGAAUACAAUACAUUUAAUUUCAGUUGCUAGUUAACUUGUGGAACACUUAGACAGUAAUGUGAUCUUGGGAGAUGUAGCAGUUAUUUACUGAGUACAUAUAAUGUUCCAGGCAUGGGGAGCAACCAUGAGCAGGAACAUGACCUGUGCCCUUGUGAAAUUUUGGGGUCCACAAGAUAUAAGUGGUGAUGUCAGUCAUUCUAUGCUUUAGAGGAAUGAAGUUGCUCAGCAAGAUUCAGUGGAAGAGCAGAAGCCAAGGAUGAAAUCCCAAGGAACACUAAUACUAAAAAGAAGAGGCAAGAAUGCAGGGGUAGCAGGAGAGGUGUGAUGCUGAGAGGUCUAGGGAAGUUUUUUUUUUUUUUAAAAGAUUUAUUUAUUUAUUUAUUUAUGCAUACAAGAACUGGGGUGUAAGCCAGAGGUGCAGGGGGUGGGGAGGAUUCACCAGAGACAGUGGGUAACAAAACAGGCAGAUCUACUGAAAUACACUGCUAAGGGGAGCAGUGGGCGAGACAGGAGAGGUCUGCAGUGCCAUGUGGGUUAGUUCCCUGGCUGGCUGGGGAUCGAACUCAUGCUGUAGUGGCUGGCAGUAGCUUUACAGUGCUGUCUUUAACCCCUGUGCCACCAGGGAGAUUCCUAGGGAAGAUUUUUUUAUCUACUCCAAAACAUAUCUUUUUAUGGGGUCUCAAUAUGCUAGGCCACCUGUGUCAUUAAUAAUUGGUUCACUGUCCUCAACUCUGAAAAUGAGGAGUUAAAAUACCAAAACAGUGCAUCCAUGAAGUGAAUCUCAAAUCUGAAUGGUAAUCUGAAAAAUCACCUAGAUGGUUAAAUUGGCUUUCCAUCAAGUUCCAAGACUAUCAUACAUCUAUUAUUAAUUAUUUGAAUUCGUUACUCACAUUAAGUAAUUGGAAAUACGCCCUUUUCAUCUAAAGUGAUCCAACAACAGAACCAUAAUUAUUGUACUUCUGAUGUACUUAUGAAAGAGAGGACUCUUAUUAACUAGGUCUUUUCCUGAUUCUUUUGUUGUCAGACUCCCAAGUAUUUUAUUUCCUUUGGCAGGAAGAAUUAGAGCAUAUUACUAUAUUUUGCUAUCAUCAGAGAAAAAUCUAUUGAGAAAGAAACUGAUGUGCUUAUUACUCUUGCUGCCAUCCCUGUACAAAAUGAAAACUCCCUAUAAGAAUGAGCGCUAUUAAGUAGUUUCAGUGCUUUGUGAAGUGAUAAGCACAAAGUAGGUCCUCAAAUGUUGAAUGGAUGGGAGGAUGGGAGGGUUGGUGGGUAGGUGGAUGGAUGGAUGGAUGGAUGGAGAGUGGCAGUUGAGUGGAUGGAUGGGUAGAUGGAGAGAUGGAUGUGGAUACAUGUAUGGAAGGGCAGAUAAAAUAAUGGAUGAGUGGAUGGAUGGACUAGUGGGGUUGUGGACAAAUGGAUGAGAUGCAUACAUACACCAGUGGAUAAGUAGGCAGAAGACUGGAUAGAUAAUGAGAUGACUGGAGAGUGUUCUGCCCAGCGAGGGAAAGCAGUUUUAAAAAAUAAUAAUAGUUCCCCCUGAGGAGGGUGAGUGAAAUGAAGACAGAUGUUUUAGUGAUGGCUACCUCUUUAUUUCUUGUGAUCUUGCACAAGUCCUCAACAGCUCUCAGCCCCUCUGUGAAAGGAUCUUAUCAGCCAACCUGCCUUCUGCCAGGUUUGUGGUCCAGACAAGAUUGUGCUAUGAUCAUGAAUGUGCUGAUGAAGCUGUAAAGCAUGUUUGGAAUGUAAGUAAUUCUAAUUAUAGGUGACUGUUAAUGGAUUGAAGUGUGUGCUUGCACUUGCAUAUGUUGGUAGCGCACUUGUGUUCUGCUUUGGGGACAUCCACGUCAUUUUUGGCCAGCCAGCUCACGUGAAGUUUUGGCAGGCUCUUUCCUGGGGAAGACUGCUCCUUUAGCUAGAAUAAGCAGUUCAGUGAUGUCUGGCUAAUGUUUCCCCACAUAAUGUGCGGUGUAGAAGCACAUGUUAUGAGGACAUCAAACCUGUGAUUUAUUGACUAAAGCAAGGUGAAAACAUAUACAAAUGCAGUUUACUUAAAUUUGACGUCAUUUACUAGAUAAAUUAUAACCCAGGUUAGAGUUGGCUAUCUACGGAAAAAUUGUGAAAGUGGCUGGUGCUCAAGUGACUAAUUUUUGGGCAACUGUAACUUAAUGUACCUGAGAGAGGUGCAUAAAAGUAAUCUGAAGUUAUUGACUUUUAAGAAUAUAUCAUGAGCUGUUUUUCUUUCCAAGUCCAGGACAAUACAAUAGUACACUGAGAGCUAUUUCUCUUUCCGCUGUGGGUGGUAAUGAUCCUUUAAGAUUGCCCAGCUUAUCUCUUCAUUGUUUACAAAGUGCUUUCACAAACAUCUUCUGUGCACACAGAUUCUGUUUAAUAGGUGUUUCCAUUGUCACUUCUAUCAAUAGGGAGGGAGAAAUGGAGGAGAAGUGUCCCCUAUUGAGACCACAGAGCUAAGAUUCUAACUCCAGUUCUCAUUUCACCUGCAUGCCCUGUGAUGGCGCUCCCAGCAGAGCAUGUGCUAUAGCUCAGAUGUGUCUCUGUUCAUGCUGUCUACAUGUUGAUUCUUAAGAAGAAUCAUCAAAUGGGUAGGCAUAGGAACAGAACUGGCCAGUCCCCAGCAAGUGGCCCAUAAUGAACCCAACAUCCAGAGGAAGGAGGGCUCCCUACUUGUGCUGGCACCCUAAAUAUGGAGCCUCCUGCUCAAGCUCAAGCUGAGUGCUCAAGCAGGCAUGAGCUCUGGCUGUGCUAGCACACCUCUAAGUCUCCAGCCACAUGAGUGGGGUAUAUAUACCCUUGCAUCGGGAGCAUCUAAAAUAUAAAGGCAGGUCCUCCCUCGUGGAGCAAGAGCUUAAGACGCAAUCUCUGAAGCUUGCCUCAGCCGCUGCAGCACGAGUUUGAUCCCUGGCCAGGGAGCUACCCACAUGGCACAGCAGACCUCUCCUGAUUCGCCCGCUGCUCCCCUCAGCAGUGUAUUGCAGUUGAUCUGUCUCUGGUGAAUCCUCUCACCCCCCACAGCUCUGGCCUGUACCCCUGUUCUUGUAUAAAUAAAUAAAUCUUUAAAAAAAUAUAUAAAGGCAGUGGACAUUACUGAACACUUCUCAGGGAGAAAGUUAUUAGUCCCUAUAAAACUGGGUCCUUGAGCCAAUUUGCAAGAAGAAAAUAGAUGUGUUCAUUUAGAACUCAGUCAUAAAUAUUACAGGCAUUUAUAGAAUGUGUAUUAUGUGCAAGAAACCACAGAAAUUAAGGAAGUAUUUUUCCAGUAAUUUUUAGUAUAUGUGCUGCCGAAGCGAGCACUCCAGUAAUUUUUGUAUGUCCCUUGAACCUUUUACCAAAAAAGAACUAAUGGAAAUUAUAUAAUAAAGAAAAAGAAUUUGUGGAAUUGUAGAAAUACUGAUAGAACAUCCUUUGGACUUUCAUGUUAAUUAUUAGCCCCAGACACUUGGCUCUGCUUCUGAAUUGCUUAGCAGCUCUGGAGACUGAUGAGAAUGUCUCUUUAUGUCACAGAAAUCUUUAUGAAACAUAGCACUUGGAAUUUUGCGUGCAUGAUGACAGAUUGUUGUGUAUUUUCUGAGACAGAAGGCUUUGGGUUUGCUAAUCAAAGCAGGUCACAGCACUUUCUCCAAUCAGGGUGAAGCAUCAAGGAAAGUGCACAGAACUUGGAAGCAAGCACCCUGCAUUCUGGGAAAAUCAUGUUCUUGAGAGGAAAGCGAGUGAGCAGAUUUUGGAGUCAUGCAGAUCUGCAUUUGAUGCCUGAAGCGGCCAUUUAACAUGCUGGUGACUGAGUCCACCUAAAAAUGGAGAAGGAAAACUCAUUUCCUCGCUGGCAGGUCUCUGCUGCUCCUCCCAGCCACGCUCCCAUACAGCAUCUCCCAGGACGGGGGGCCAGGGAAGAGCAUUAAGGCUACAGAGAGUGUCUAAGUCCAAAGGCGUGGACACCAUCAAUUGUUGCAGAGAUGAUGAGGAUGUGAUUGAUAAAAGGUGAGUCCCCAGCUAGUGUUCCCAAAGAAAGACAUCUCUCCUGACCAGCCCAGUGCCCAAGAGACCCAGGGCAUCCAGGAAGAAGAUGUAGCUGGCAGCCAGCAGCCAGCUGCCACCAAAGCACUGAGAGGAGCCUGUCCAGCUGUUUCUGCCCUGGCCUCGUCUGCCUCCACUAUGGCCUGCAACAGCACAUCCAUGCUGACUUUUGAAUACCUGCUGCUGAAUGGGACCAAUGUGUCGGACUCCGGGUUGGCUCCCCCGGCCGCCCCCCUCAGGAUAUCCUUGGCAGUAGUCAUGAUGCUGAUGAUCGUGGUGGGAUUCCUGGGCAACGCCGUUGUCUGCAUCAUUGUGUAUCAGAGGCCAGCCAUGCGCUCUGCCAUCAACCUACUGCUGGCCACGCUGGCCUUCUCAGACAUCAUGCUGUCCUUAUGCUGCAUGCCGUUCACUGCCGUCACCCUGAUCACGGUCCACUGGCACUUUGGGGAUUACUUUUGCCGACUUUCGGCCACACUUUACUGGUUUUUUGUCCUGGAGGGCGUGGCCAUCCUGCUCAUCAUCAGCGUGGACCGCUUUCUCAUCAUCGUGCAGCGUCAGGACAAGCUGAAUCCACGGAGGGCCAAGGUGAUAAUCGCCACCUCCUGGGCGCUGUCUUUCUGCGUCUCUGCUCCCUCUCUUGCAGGUUGGACCUUUGUGGAGGUGCCUGCUCGGGCCCCUCAGUGCGUGCUGGGCUACUCGGAGUUCUUGGCCAACCGUGCCUACGUUGUGACGCUGGUGGUGGCUGUGUUCUUUGCACCCUUUGGUGUCAUGCUGUGCUCCUAUCUGUGCAUCCUCCACACGGUCCGGAAGAACGCCAUCCGCGUCCACAACCAGUCUGACAGCCUGGACCUGAGACAUCUGACGAGGGCGGGCUUGAGGCGGCUCCAGCGGCAACAGCAGGUCAGUAUGGACUUGAGCUUCAAAACCAAGGCCUUCACCACCAUCCUGAUCCUCUUUGUGGGCUUCUCGCUCUGCUGGCUGCCUCACACAGUCUACAGCCUUCUGUCUGUGUUCAGCCGGAGGUUCUACUGCAGCUCCUCCUUCUACACCACCAGCUCCUGUGUUCUUUGGCUCAGCUACCUCAAGUCUGUCUUCAAUCCCAUUGUCUACUGCUGGAGAAUCAAAAAAUUCCGUGAGGCUUGCAUAGAGUUGCUGCCCCAGACCUUCCAAAUCCCCCCUAAAGUGCCUGAGCGGAUCCGCAGAAGAAUCCAGCCAAGCACUGUCUAUGUGUGCAACGAAAACCAGUCUGCUGUUUAGGGGGGGCAGGCUGCUGUUUCAAGGAGGCUGGGCUCGUGGACUGGCUCCAGGAUGGGGCUCGUCUGACCUGCUCGGCUUCCUGGCACUUUCGUCCCAAUCAGCUUUUCGUGGUGGCCAUUUAAGCACAAAGGUAUCAUUUGUUGCCAGAUGAGUUGUUGACUCCCAAAUUUUCAGAACAAAUUAUUUUUGUUUCUCACUGGAGAGCAUUUUGUGGGUCUGAUGGAUUCAAGAAGGUAGUUGAGGCAAAGUAGGAAGGGGCAAGGGUUUAGAAGUUGGACAGAAAGUCAGGGCAGAGGAGAGAGGAGCCCCUCGGAGUGAGACUGGUUGGGUCUGGGGCCGGAGGAAGUCUCUGGCUAACGUCUCCUCUCCACGUGCUUAAGAAAAACUCUACGGUGCCAAAUUCUCCUGUGAGAAAUCCGAGUCGGUCUCCUUUUAUGGGUCAUUGUGCAUUUUAUUUGACACCAACAUUCUUCUAAGUGUUUGUGUUUGUGGCCUAUGGGGAAACACACAGGUUUCUCAAUGUCAGUCGGAAGCACAUUUCUGGUCUGGCAGACUCAUCCUUCCUGUAAACCAAAACGCUGCUGGCAGAGGAAGCCCCGGUGCUCCUCAGUUCCCUGGUGUGAUGCACGGGAGGGUCAGUGGUUGGAAGCCAAGAAUUUUCGGGGGCAUCCUGGGAGUGGAGAGGAAGCCCACCUGAACCCCUGAGCACUCGUACAUGAUGCCACACCCCUUCUGCCAGGCUGGGCCCACAGCACCCCUGUGCCCUGAAGCCCUCCUGACGCCUUCCUUGUCAGUGUCUCAGCCCCGGGCCCCUCCCUCCACACUCCCUGUUCCGCUUUGUUCCCCUUUCCUUCCCUGCUCUGUGGAAAAACACUCGACUUCUCUGCAACUCAUUGUUUCUGCGCAUUUGCAGUCACUUGUUUUCCAUUUCAGAAGUGGUUCGUGGGCUUUGUUUACAUGUUUCCUCUGACACCCUGGGGCUGCAGCCUCUGUGAGCUGCCCAGUGGACCUCAGCGCAGGCUGGCAGCUGAGGGCAUGAGGAACUCCUGAGCCACUGGCAGUUCCUUGCAGAUCUUGGAUCUCUUGUGCUCCUCCUACCUCAUUCCAGUCCGAAGGAAUCUGACUGCUGCCUCUGGGCCACCUCUGGGAGAGCUUGGUUCUCAAACCCAGGCUGCCCAGUGGGGACCUUUCCUUUUUUUCUUUUUCAUUUUUUAGAUUCAAUAUUUUAUUUUAUUAAUUAUAUUAUUUUUUUAUUGAGGUCAUGUUGGUUUACAACACUGUGUCUGAUUCAGAGGUAUAGGAUCACCUCUCUUCAAAUGUGUGUGACCACAUCCAUCACCAAAGCACCCGAAACCCUGCACCAUAUUCUGUGGGACCCCCACCCCUUGGCUGGCCAUAGGUCUACAGUCAGAUUUCCAGGGAGGGGAACCUUUCUAUCUGUGCUGUAUACUCAGCCACUACCUGCACGGAGUCUCCAGUGUUGGGAGAUGAACCUCCUAAGUUUAGGGCACACCGCUGAAGCUGUGGGGCUCUCUCCAUCGCUUCCAAUCCUAAGAGAGUAGGAAAUGUAAGGAGAAAUUCAGAAAACCUGAUUCCAAGUCUAACUCUAUUGGGAGCUAGUCACCUACCCUGUUCAUUUCACCUCACUUUUCUGGGCUUCAGUCUCCUCAUCUGCCAAGUCAGGAAUCUGGUCUAGAGGAUCUCCAGCAUCCCGCUGAUUUCUCCAACACUCUGACUCUGACAGGUGUGAAAUUCCACCCGUGCUCACCAGACCUCCUGCAUCCACUUGGUUCUCCAUGCAAUGAGCAUUUAUUAAGUGUUUACUAGAUGCAAGGCACUGUGUGCUAGAGAGUGAUGAAUAAGGCACAGGCUGUCGCCAAAGGCAGUUCUCCAGUUUAUCUCAGGAUAAUUGUAACUAGACUUUGGCACAAGAGCACAGACCUCCCUUUUGUUUCUCCUCUUUUUCUUUUCUAGUGUGUAUGAAGAGGCCACCUCCUUCUCUCACACUCUUCUUCCCAUGUUAAAGGAGAUGGAGUCAGGAAUAGAAGCGGGAUGAAGAGAAUAAUAGUUUACAUUAAAAUAAACCUAGCGGAGGAUUAGUCAAGAAAAUAACUGACAUUUUUUUUCUCACCAACUCCAUCCUUCCUUUGUACCCAGACUGGGGGGGAAGGGGAAAGAAUAAGGAAGAGGAGAAAGAGGAGAAAGGGCAAUUGACUUGUGAUUGGUUGGGGAGGACCCCAUUAAUUCUGCAUCACAAGUGCCCCCAGAAAGGCUGGGGUUUGCCUUCAGGUCCCAGCGGGUAGAGUCACACAGCAGACCCCAAAAAGGACUGGGCCAGCAGGGCCUCCUCUUAGGGGGGCACUUAGAGAAUGUUCUUUAGGAGCCUUGAGCAAAUCAGAAAUCACAAAGCUGAAGGUACCAAAAUGUACACCAAUCAGUGUUAUAUGCUAUAUGUUGAACAGUAAUAUUUAUGUUUCAAAGUAAUAAUUUUGUAUAUAUUUUAAAUAAAGUAUUAUUGCUCUU